CGUUGUCAGAACGGGCCACCACGUCGGGUCCUGGGUAAGGUUCGGCAAGGCUUUAGUAGAUGCAGGAACGCCCUUAGGUGCUGCCAUAUUCGUCUAAUCUAGAAUAUUGCCUUAUCUAGCUGGGGCCGUCUAAAACGUCGCUUAGUCUCCUUAGUCUUCCCUUACUCCCGCUGAGUCCAUAAGAUCCAGAAUCUCCCCUUUCAUUCUUUUUUUCCUCGUCCUUGAAAUAGUUUUCUUAAUCUGGAUUCUUGAAUUUCUGUUACAUGUUACGUCAUUCCAACGCAUAUAACCUGAAUUUGGACAUUCGUUCGCUCAUGUUGAGAUUUGUCACUUAUGAGUAAAAGGUCACCGCGUGGCCGGGUCAAGAAAUAGGUUGGAUCCGGUGUGAUUGAGGAAGGAUAACGUGAAUUCGGAUUGGGUAGUUUCCGUCUCACAGGACCUGUGACAUCCCACCACAUUACCUACUCCUGACCACAGCGCGCAACCGGCAUCAUAGCAGGUGGUCUGCUUGCAAGCGUUUUGGUAAGAGGUCCAGAUUUCGGAUCUCGGAUCUAUAUUGGAUAUAUAUCAGGGUCUAAAGAGGUACUCUAGGGACGUCGUACAGACGUGGGCAGUCAAGUCAGAGAGAAAGUGGUCAUGGCCCCCUUAAGCAAUGAGAAGAACCAUUUGUUCCUAGGCUUGUUCAUACAUAGCAUCAAGCUCGGAGAACUCCAAUAUCUUCACGAUGCUGCAGUCUGUGUCGACAAGUCCGGCAAGAUCGUUGCUGUUGAGCCGCAAUACGAUCAGAAGAAGGCCGAAGAGAUACUAUACCCCAAGCUUGGUUGGGAAGCUAGUGAUGUCGACGUCACGAAAGCAAAGGAUGGCCAAUUCUUCUUUCCUGGCUUCAUUGAUACGCACAUCCACGCGCCGCAGUAUCCCAACGCGGGAAUAUUUGGCAAGUCGACGUUACUAGACUGGUUGAAUACCUACACAUUUCCAAUGGAAGCGUCUCUCUCUUCGCUCCCAAAGGCCCGUAGGGUUUACACGCGGUGCAUUCGUCAGACGCUGGCUCACGGCACUACGACCGCUGUCUACUACGCCACGAUCCACGUGCCGUCCACGAACCUCCUCGCAGAUCUAUGUCUCUCAAUGGGUCAGCGAGCCUUUGUCGGCCGCGUGUGUAUGGACCAUAUUGGCCCGUCCUACUACCUCGACGAAUCGCCCGCGCAGUCGCUCGCCGCGACGCGCGAGACGAUCGACCAUAUUCGGGGCAUCGACGCCUCCUUCGAACUCGUGUCCCCGAUCCUGACGCCCCGCUUCGCGCCCGCUUGCACGCGGGAGGCGAUGAAGGCACUCGGACAAUUGCACCGCGAGACGGGGAUCCCGAUCCAGACGCACAUCUCGGAGAACGCGGACGAGAUCCAGAUGGUGCGGGACAUGUUCCCCGAAGCCGCGAACUACGCCGCCGUGUACGAUGCCCACGGCCUGCUGGGCGCGCGCACGAUCCUCGCCCACGCCGUCCACUUCUCAGGCGAGGAGGCGGACCUCGUCGCGCGCCGCGGGUCCAAGGUCUCGCACUGCCCGACCAGCAACUCGGCGCUGACGAGCGGCGAGGCCCGCGUCCGCUGGCUGCUCGAGAAGGGCAUCGCCGUCGGCCUCGGCACCGACGUGAGCGGCGGGUACAGCCCGAGCAUGCUCCUGGCCGCGCGCCACGCUGCCCUCGUCUCGAACCACCUCGCCAUGCCCAUGGGAAAAUGGGCCCACGUCCCGGCUGCCGAGCGCGAGCGCGCGAGGCUCAGCGUCGAGGAGGUGCUGCACCUGGCUACGCGGGGCGGCGCCGAGGUCGUCGGGUUGAGCGGGAAGAUCGGCGGGUUCGAGGUCGGCAUGGAGUGGGACGCGCAACUUAUCGGGCUGGGCCUCGUCGACGAGAUGCCUGCCGAAGACGACAUGGCGGAUCGCGGAAACGUGGAUAUCUUCGGCUGGGAGCGGGUGGAGGAUCGCGUUGCUAAGUGGGUGUAUAAUGGCGAUGAUAGGAAUGUGAAGAAAGUCUGGGUUAGAGGUCGACUUGUGCAUGAGCGCGCGUAGAUGUGUAGAUGAAUGGUCAAAUGCGAUGUUGUAGAUAACCGACCUACAUAGAUAUUAGACCGGAGAUUUGGACGUAUGGUCUGUUUAUGAUGUACAGCGCAUGGUAGAUAGAAAAGGUGUAUAUAUCCUUUACCCCCUUACCCCUGACACCUGUUGCGAGUCAGUUGGUUCGGUUUAGAUGCGGCAUACAUAUGGUACUGGCAAGAGAUCGAAGAAUUCGCCUAACCGGCG